AUGGCGGAAGUUGCAGAAGAUACAAAACCUUUAAGAGAGUUGUUCUCACCUGUAACCACCAAUCCUCCUUCUUGUAUUGUGUUACCCACGACAAAUGCGACACAUUUUGAGCUGAAACAUCACAUAAUACAACUUCUUCCUCAAUUUCAUGGGAUUGAAUUACAGGAUCCAUACAUGCAUGUUAAAGACUUUCUUGAAAUUUGUGCUACCUUUAGGUUUCAAAAUUUUUCUGAGGAGUCUGUCAAAUUGCGCCUUUUUCCCUUUUCACUGAAAGACAAAGCAAAGGCAUGGUUAAAUUCUCUACCCUCUGGCUCAAUCACUUCAUGGGACAUCCUCGUUAAAAAGUUUCUUUCAAAAUUCUUUUCAAUGUCAAGAACAACUACUCUAAGGAGGGAGAUUACUGAUUUUUGUCAAGACGAACAUGAAAAAUUUUAUGAGAGUUGGGAGAGAUUUAAAGAUCUUAUUUUAAAGUGCCCCCCUCAUGGUUUUGAAACAUGGAGACUAGUUCAAUUUUUUUAUAAUGGUUUAACUCAGUCUAACCGCAAUAUGCUUGAGUCAAUGAACGGGGGUGGUUUUCUAAAUCUUAGGGGCGAUGCAGCUUAUGAAUUUCUUGAAAAUUUGUCUGAGAGCUCCCAACAGUGGGAUUUUACUUCUCAUAGAGACAAACAAUCUUCUACAUCUAAGAGAGGGGGAGUAUAUGAAGUGAAAGAGGAUUCAGAUGUGAGAGUAAAGUUAGAUAAUCUUACUCGAAAGGUUGAGGCAUUAGUUUUAAGUAAAACUAUGGAGUCAGCCAAUCAAGUUCAAAGUGAGGUGUGUUCUCUUUGCAGUAGUCAUGUGCAUACAACACAAACAUGUCCUUCCAUUAUUGGAUACUCUGACAGCUAUGGUGAACAAGCGAACGCGCUCAAUAAUUAUGGAAAAUCAUUUGCUAGUCCUUUUUCGGAAACAUACAACCAAAAUUGGCGAAAUCAUCCAAACUUUUCAUGGCGUCAGAACCAACCUUCUACAAAUAUAGGUGGGCAACCUUUUCAUUCACAAAAUCAAUCUCCCCCAGGUUUUCGUCCUCCUACACAAUCAUACCCUCCUCAAUCUCAACCAUUUUAUGCUCCAACUCCCGUGUCUCAACCGAACUUCCAGUCUGUUGCACCACAGCAACAAUCAUCCUUAGAGGACACCCUUAAAGCAAUCAUGGCUAAAAUUGAAAAAAAUGAUUCUAAAAUUGAAAAUUCAACUCACUUGCACGCUCAAGCCAUUGCUAAACUUGAAAAUCAAAUGGGUCAAUUAGCUAGUCAACUUGCAGAGAGAGAGAAAGGGAAGUUUCCGAGUCACACUCUAGUGAAUCCAAAAGGACAGUUUUCUAUAGGCACGACCUCUACUCCUUCAAACGAGCAACACCAUGUUCAAUCCAUCAUUACCCUUAGAUCCGGGAAAGAAGUUGAUAAUAAAGUUAGUAUGCCAACAGAGGAAUUAGUUGAGGUUGAAAAAGAAGAAAAUCAUGCUGAUCCUACUAAAGUUCAAGAGUCUAUUUCUCCACCACUUAUAAUAGAGCCACCUGUUAGGAACUUUGUCCCUAAAGCUCCUUAUCCUCAUAGACUAGUAGCUCCUAAGAAAGGCGCACAAUUUGGAGACAUUCUAGAAGUGUUUAAGCAAGUACAAAUCAAUAUUCCAUUUUUAGAUGCCAUUCAACAAGUGCCCUCGUACGCUAAAUUUUUGAAAGAUCUAGUCACUAUAAAAAGGAAGACAAAUGUUCCAAAGAAGGCGUUUUUAACUGAACAGGUUAGCUCCAUUAUCCAAUGCAAAAUUCCAAUAAAAUAUAAAGACCCUGGUUGUCCAACAAUUUCUUGCGUUAUAGGUAACCAUCAUAUCGAUCAGGCUUUGUUAGAUUUGGGGGCAAGUGUCAAUUUAUUACCUUACUCAGUGUACUCACAAUUAGGGUUAGGAGAGUUAAAACCCACCCAAGUAACACUCCAAUUAGCUGAUAGAUCUGUCAAAAUUCCAAGAGGAGUCAUUGAGGAUGUUCUAAUUAAGGUUGACAAAUUCUAUUUUCCUGUGGACUUCAUAGUCCUUGACACUCAGCCUGUCCAAAACUCUAAUGGGCAAAUUCCUGUUAUUUUAGGGCGUCCUUUCUUGGCCACAUCUAAUGCUUUAAUCAAUUGUAGAAAUGGCGUAAUGAAAUUAUCAUUUGGUAAUAUGACUGUCGAGCUAAAUAUUUUUAAUACAAGCAAGCAACCACUAGAUGAAGAUGAGGUUAGUGCAGUUUGUAUGAUAGACACUUUGGUUGAAAAUACUUUUGUUCAGUCAAGUUAUGAGGAUCCCUUAGAAGCUUGCCUAGCACAUUUUGGGUGUGAAUUUGACAUAGAUGAAUCAAUUGAGCAGGUUAAUGCAUUAUUAGACAAUGCCCCAUUAAUGAGCAUCGAUGAAUGGCAACCAAAAGUGAACCCUCUUUCACUGUCUACAUCACCAGCACUUCCAUCUAUAGUGGAGCCACCUAAGUUAGAACUCAAACCUUUGCCAAACACUCUCAAAUACAAAUUCCUGGGCCUUUGUGAGUCUUUACCAGUAAUCAUAGCUUCUGAUUUAGAUGAUACACAAGAACAAAAAUUGUUGAAUGUCCUAAAAGAGCACAAGGAAGCAAUAGGAUGGUCCAUAAAUGAUAUCAAGGGAGUUAGUCCUUCAUUGGUCAUGCAUAGAAUCCAUUUAGAGGAAAAUGCUAAAACUUCACGUGAGCCACAAAGGCGUCUAAAUCUUGCAAUGCAAGAAGUAGUUAGAGCGGAAAUUCUUAAGCUUUUAGAUGCUGGCGUUAUUUAUCCAAUAUCUGAUAGCAGUUGGGUGAGUCCGGUUCAAGUUGUUCCUAAGAAAUCGGGUGUGACGGUAGUAAAAAACGAAGAUAAUGAAUUAGUUCCCACUCGUGUUCAAACAGGAUGGCGUAUUGAAGUGGAUAAAGCUAAAAUUGAUUUGAUAUCUAACCUUCCACCCCCACGUACUAUAAAGGAGAUUAGAUCAUUUUUGGGUCAUGCGGGCUUUUAUAGGAGGUUCAUUAAAGACUUUAGUAAAAUUGCUAAACCUUUAUGUAAUUUGUUGGCCAAAGAUGCCCCGUUUGUGUUCAAUGAGAAGUGCCUUCAUGCUUUUGAGAGAUUAAAAAGUGAGUUGACCUCCGCCCCUAUAAUUCGACCACCCGAUUGGAAUGUCCCUUUUGAAAUUAUGUGUGAUGCCUCUGAUUACGCGGUAGGCGCUGUUUUAGGACAACGUGUCGAUAAGCUCCCUCAUGUAAUUUAUUAUGCUAGUAAGACGUUAAACGAUGCACAACUAAACUAUUCCACUACAGAAAAGGAGUUACUAGCAGUUGUUUUUGCACUUGAUAAGUUUAGAGCUUAUUUAUUGGGUUCUAAGGUCAUAGUCUAUUCGGAUCAUGCUGCAUUGAAGUAUCUGUUGUCUAAAAAAGAUGCUAAAUCUAGAUUAAUUCGAUGGAUUUUGUUGCUGCAAGAAUUUGACAUUGAGAUUCGAGAUAAAAAAGGCUCUGAGAAUGUGGUAGCUGACCAUCUAUCUAGAUUAAUUGUAGAGUUCACUGAGGAUUCAUUGCCCAUCUCUGAAACUUUUCCUGAUGAACAAUUGAUGCAUGUGUCUCAAUUAUCUUCACCGUGGUUUGCAGAUAUUGUAAAUUAUCUUGUAACUGGAGAGAUACCUUUGCAUUGGCCCAAACAUGAUAAAUCUAAAUUUUUAUCCAGGGUUAAGUACUUCUUCUGGGAUGAUCCCUACUUGUUUAAAUAUUGCCCUGACCAGAUUAUUAGAAGGUGCAUUCCUGAAAGUGACCAACGAAGUGUCAUUUCUUUUUGUCAUGAUUAUGCAUGUGGAGGUCAUUUUAGUGCUAAAAAGACAGCUGCCAAAAUUUUGCAGUGUGGAUUUUAUUGGCCUUCUAUUUUUCAAGAUUCACAUGCAUACUGUAUAGCUUGUGAGCGUUGUCAAAAGUUAGGUCGUAUUACAAGGAGAAAUAUGAUGCCUCUUAACCCAAUUCUGAUUGUAGAGAUAUUCGAUGUAUGGGGCAUUGAUUUUAUGGGUCCAUUCCCUAAUUCCUUUGGUAAUUUAUAUAUCCUUGUCGCUGUUGAUUAUGUUUCUAAGUGGGUUGAAGCCAUUGCAUGUAAAACUAAUGAUCACAAAGUGGUGGUCCAAUUUUUGAACGAUAAUGUGUUUGCUCGUUUUGGGACACCACGUGCUAUUAUUAGUGAUGGCGGUAAGCAUUUUUGUAAUCGAGUGUUUGAGCAUUUAAUGAAAAAAUAUAUCAUAACGCAUAAAGUUGCAACUGCUUAUCACCCCCAGACCAGUGGUCAAGUUGAGAUAUCUAAUAGGGAGAUCAAAAAUAUACUAGAAAAAACAGUGAACCCUAAUAGGAAAGAUUGGUCUUUACGCCUUAAUGAUGCAUUGUGGGCUUACCGUACGGCAUUUAAAACUCCCAUUGGAAUGUCUCCUUACCGACUUGUCUAUGGCAAGGCAUGUCACUUACCUGUAGAACUAGAACACAAGGCAUAUUGGGCUACCAAAAAACUCAAUUUUGAUCUUGACAAGGCAGGUGUUCGCAGAAAGCUUCAACUUCUUGAGCUAGAGGAAAUUCGGGAUGAUGCUUACGAUUGUGCCAAAUCGUACAAGGACCGUAUGAAAAGGGUCCAUGAUCAAAAUAUUUUAAGAAAAUCUUUCACUUCUGGUCAAAAAGUCCUUCUUUAUAAUUCUCGUUUGCAUUUAUUCCCAGGCAAACUUCGUUCUCGAUGGUCCGGCCCUUUUAUCGUUCGCACUAGCUAUCCGCAUGGGGCAGUUGAAAUUGAGAAUCCUAAAGAUGGUUCCGUGUCUAAAGUGAAUGGGCAGCGGUUGAAACCGUUUAUAGAAUUGAAAACCCCAGAAGUAGAGGAAAUCCUUUUAGAGGAUCCUAUUUAUCAGGAUUAA